AUGUCGAGGAAGGCACGGAAGCAUGUCGAAUGCGCCCUCGGGAUCACGUAUAUGAGGGUGCAUGGCGAAGCUGGCCGCAUUCCCCACAGUACUCCCCCGUCCAGUACUUCCCUACUUACACUCUUCGCCCAACUCACCUUACCCUUCCCCCUUGUCAUGAAGCUUGCUCUCGCUGUAUCUACCGUCUUCGCCGCGGUUGUGCUCGCUGCUCCCACAGAGCAGGUCUGCGACAACGGCCUCAACUGCUACGCCUCUGUGCACGAAUGGGGCGGGGUCAUCCAAUACGAGCCCUAUCAGGGCAACCUCAUGGAUGCCUGCCGCUACAACGACGGUGCUGUAGGUGGUAUCAUAGGCGGCACUGGUAAUCUCUGGGGCUACAAGGCAUGUGUUGCUGUCGCGAUUAGUGACACCAAGAUCGGGCCGGUGACCGUCCAGGGUUUGGCGAGCUGCGAAAACCAAAACCUGACCUGCGAAUGGGAGGAGCCCAACCUCGACUUCAACCUCUACGCUAGCAUCGUCGGCGAGUGUGCCUGGGACAAUGGCUGCCCUAUUACCCAGCAGAACUACAUCGACUUCAUCUAUGGUACCCUGAGCGAGAUUGGGUCAAGCGACUGGCCCAGUAGCGUCGACACCUUGCUCGAGAACGGGUGGCGUGCACUUCUCGACUGGGCCAAGACCGGCGAUACUAUCCCCUAUCAGAACCUCAACGACUACCUGCACUACAGCUAG